AUGGAAGAGAGCUUUUUAUCAUUGCCGACAGAAAAAAAUGAUCCAAGAAAAUUUGGCAGUACCAGUACUAGUUUGACAUGGGGUUAUUUCUUUGAAGAACUGAAGAGGCAAUGUUACAUUGCAGGACCUAUGGUUGCUGCGAUUCUAUCCCAAAACUUGCUGCGUGUGGUUUCUAUGAUGAUGGUUGGUCACUUGGGAGAGCUAGCUCUCUCAAGCUCUUCCAUUGCCAUCUCCCUCUCUGGAGUCACUGGCUUCAGUGUUUUUAUAGGAAUGGCCAGCGGACUGGAAACAAUAUGUGGGCAAGCAUAUGGGGCUAAGCAAUAUCAAAAACUUGGACUUCAAACCUACACUGCUAUAUUUUCUCUAAACUUAGUUUGUGUCCCUCUAUCUGUGUUAUGGAUAUAUAUGGAGAACUUACUAAUUCUCAUGGGUCAGGAUCCUCUGAUUUCUCGUGAAGCUGGAAAAUUCACAAUCUGGCUUAUUCCAGCUCUCUUUGCUUAUGCAACUCUUCAACCACUCAUCAGAUACUUUCAGACACAGAGUUUGAUAACACCUGUACUCCUAAGCUCUUGCGCCACCCUUUUGUUUCAUAUUCCUCUUUGUUGGGUUCUAGUAUUCAAGUCUGGACUGGAUAAUGUUGGAGGGGCACUGGCAAUUAGUAUUUCAUAUUGGUUGAAUGUGAUUAUACUUGUAUUGUACAUGAAGUUCUCUUCUGCUUGUUCACAAACCCGAGCUCCAAUUACUGUAGAGGUAUUCCUUGGAAUGAAAGAGUACUUUUACUAUGCCAUCCCUUCCACAGUUAUGAUAUGCGUUGAGUGGUGGUCAUUUGAGCUGCUUAUUUUGCUUUCUGGGCUGCUACCAAAUCCGGCUCUUGAAACUUCGGUCCUGUCUGUAUGUCUCCAGACUAUUUCAACACUCUAUGCAAUACCCUAUGGGUUUGGUGCUGCAGCAAGUACUAGAGUUGCAAAUGAACUGGGAGCUAAUAACUCAGAAGGUGCUCGUAUAGCUGCGCGUGCUGCAUUGUGUCUUGCAGUCACAGAGACGAGCAUAGAAACAACAACUCUCUUUGCCUUGAGGCGUUCUUUUGGUUACACAUUUAGCACUGAACCACAAGUCAUCGAUUACGUCACAUCAAUGGCGCCUCUAGUGUGUUUGUCUCUUGCACUAGACAGCUUGCAAGGGGUCCUUACAGGUGUUGCUAGAGGAUGCGGGUGGCAGCAUAUAGGGGCUUAUAUAAACCUUGGAGCCUUUUAUCUUUGUGGGAUUCCAGUUGCUGCUAUAUUGGCUUUCUGGUUAAAGCUGAGAGGAAGAGGCCUUUGGAUUGGAAUACAACUUGGUUCUUUGGUGCAGACCGUAUUUCUUUCAAUUGUAACUUCUUGUACAAACUGGGAAAUGCAGGCAAAGAAGGCAAGGGAUCGGACUGGGUAUUCUAAAGGAGGCUCAACAGAAGAUGUUGGACUGUGCCAUUGAUGAAAUUCAUUCCAAAUAAGUUGCCGAAAUUCCUCGACAAAGUUGCAAAUUGUUCAGAAUUGAUUCAGAAAUACUAGGACUAGAGAUCGACAUUUGAGCUCACAUGUGUUCGUUUGCUUAUCCAAUUGGUCCAAUAUGACUCUUUUAAGUUAUUGAUAUUAUUUAAAC